AAAUAGUAUUUAAAGCAUAAAUCCAUUCUGCAAAAGAAAACAAAUAUUCAUAUAUAGGCAUAACUUCUAAAAUGGUUAAUAUAUUUAUCUUGGGGUGGUGGAAGCAUGAGUGACUUGUUUUAUGUUAUAAUGAACAAAUAUUUCUUAGGCAAUAAAACAUUAGAAUAAUUUAAAAAUAAACAAGAAAGUAGGUAACAGGGGCAGCAAUAUUUCCCACUGCCCUCUUAUUCACUUUAACCCCACAAACAUUUCAGAAGUACCUAGUUGGUGCUGGGUCCUCUGCCAAGGUCUGAGCAGGAGUUGGAAUGAUCGGAUGUGGUCCCUGCAACAACCCCAGAUAGUGGCCAGGGUGACCCAAGGGGACCCUUCAGGUAGGCCUGCACUAGGGUAGUGCCUGAACACAGAUAGGUGGGGGCUCUCCAGCAGGGAGAAGGGUACUGGCAGGGCAGUGGUGCCCAGCAGGAAGCUGCCCAGCCAGGAUCUCAGGAUUGAAGGAUGAUGAGAACAUAGUGCACCCACCUCUGGAAGAGUAGAAACAGGAGCUACUACUAAAGAUGUAAGAUAAGAUGGGGUAAUGGGACCAGGAUGAGGGAAGAGAAUGGAGGCGGGGGCACUCCCAGCUUCAGCCAACCAUCCUUCCACCCCAAGGAUCCCAAACCAGCCUGGCCAUGGCAGCUGCAGAGACCGGAAUCAGAGCUUCAAACACGUCUGUCUCACUAGGCCGAGGCCUUUGCAGCCCAGGGCUACAAGAGAGGCGGCGGGAAGUCAGUUAUUUCCUAUCCACUGCGGGGCUGAGCCCCCACCACCAGAGGGCACCCGAGCGCAGAAACUUAGACACCUCGGGGAGAGAGCGGAGUAGGAAGAGCACCCAAGGUCUCCACUUCUCUCUGAACCACUCUGCGGAAAGCCUGUUCGUGUUGGGUCAACUCCGGAGUAAUCCUGGAGAGCUUAGGCGUCUCCCCACCCGCCGCCUGGAAGGGCGCAGAAUGAAUGGGGUCUUCUGCCCGGAGUUGGGGGCGAUGAUACCAACCCCGGCCUCCCUGAGAGGUCAACUGCAACAAGGCAGGCACUCUCGGUUCUCACAGCGCCUCUCCAGGGGCUUCAUCCAUCCCGGACGCCGACGGUGCGGAACAGAUCGGGGAGACUGGAGUACUCUGGGCUAGGUGUGGAUCCACCUGGGGAGGAGGGCGAUAGACCCACGCACCAUGGGCACGACCUCGUUCUGGUGACUGAAGCUUGUGGAGUUACCUCCACUCAGGGAUUCCUGGCCCCCAUUCCAGCCACAUCCUUGCCCUACCACCCGGAGCCUGAGCCCCAAAGGUUCAAGAAGUCAAGAGCCUGGUGAAAUGCACUGUGCAAAUAUACUGAAUUUAUUUGUCUCCGAUCGGGAGCCCCACAGACAUAUUUACGUAAAAAGAUAAAUAAACGCCGUCAGCUAUC